UGUGUGUGGGAUCAGUGCGACCCGUGUGUCGGGGUGUGUUUGUGUGUGUGCGUGUGUGUGUGCCAUCAGCUGUGCCACCGGGUGCCCCGCCUGUCUGUCUCCCUGACUGUCUGCGGGCCCGGGCCUCUCCCUGCCCCGGUGUGUGAGACCAGCGUGGCCCGUGUGUCGUGGGGGUUGUGUGUGUGAUCGAUUGGCCGUGUGCCCGUGCCCGUGUGCCCGUGUCGGUGGGCAUGGCGGGGGUGCUGUGCGUGCGCCGGGUGCGGACGGAGGCCUUCGGGGACCAGCGUGCGGGCACCAGCGGGCUGAGGAAGCGGGUGCGGCUGUUCCUGGCCCGGCCCCACUACGCCCACAACUUCGUCCAGAGCUGCCUGCGGGCCGCCCUGGGCCCGGCCCCUGCCCCCGAGGACGCCCCCCUCUCCUCCUCCACCGCCUCCUCCUCCGGGGAGCCCUCCGCCCCCGCCGGGCCCACCCUGGUGGUGGGCGGCGACGGCCGCUUCUACAACAAGGACGUCAUCGCCACCAUCGCCGCCAUCGCCGCCGCCAACGGGGUCGGUCGUCUAGUAAUUGGGCAGAAUGGAAUUCUUUCCACACCAGCUGUGUCCUGUAUCAUUCGGAAAAUCAAGGCCAUCGGUGGCAUCAUUUUGACCGCUAGCCACAACCCUGGGGGGCCCGAUGGAGAUUUUGGCAUUAAAUUCAAUAUCGCCAAUGGAGGUCCCGCUCCCGAAGCUAUCACCGAGAAAAUUUUCCAAAUCAGCAAGACAAUCGAGGAGUACGCGAUUUGUCCAGACUUGAAAGUGGACCUUAACACUCUGGGAAAGCAACAGUUUGAUUUGGAGAACAAAUUCAGGCCAUUCACAGUGGAAAUCGUGGACUCGGUGGAGGCGUACGCCGGCAUGUUGAGGAACAUCUUCGAUUUCAACGUGCUGAAAGAACUCCUCUCCGGUCCCAACAGCCUAAAGAUCCGGGUCGACGCCAUGCACGGAGUCAUGGGCCCGUAUGUAAAGAGGAUCCUCUGUGAAGAGCUGGGAGCCCCGGCGAAUUCGGCCGUCAACUGUGUUCCCCUAGAAGACUUUGGGGGUCACCACCCCGACCCCAAUCUCACCUACGCCGCUGACCUGGUGGAGACCAUGAAAAAGGGGGAAUACGACUUCGGGGCUGCGUUUGAUGGAGAUGGGGAUCGGAACAUGAUUCUGGGAAAGCACGGCUUCUUCGUUAACCCUUCGGACUCUCUCGCCGUCAUCGCCGCCAAUAUCUUCAGCAUCCCUUACUUCCAGCAGACAGGAGUCCGUGGCUUUGCCAGAAGCAUGCCCACCAGCGGGGCCCUGGAUCGGGUGGCCCACGCGACGAAGAUCGCUCUGUACGAGACUCCGACAGGCUGGAAGUUUUUCGGGAAUUUGAUGGAUGCCAACAAGUUGUCCCUCUGUGGAGAGGAGAGCUUCGGGACCGGGUCUGACCACAUCCGGGAGAAGGACGGCCUGUGGGCCGUGCUCGCUUGGCUGUCCAUCGUGGCUGCCCGCAAGCAGAGCGUGGAGGACAUCCUGAGAGAUCACUGGCAAAAGUUUGGGCGGAACUUCUUCACCAGGUACGACUACGAGGAAGUGGACGCCGACGGGGCCGCCAAAAUGAUGAAGGACCUGGAGACACUGAUGUUUGACCGGGCGUUCGUGGGGAAGCAGCUCUCUGCCGGGGACAAAGUCUACACCGUGGAAAAGGCAGAUAACUUUGAAUACCACGAUCCUGUGGAUGGAAGCGUGUCGAGAAAUCAGGGUUUACGGCUCAUUUUUACUGACGGUUCCCGCAUCAUCUUCCGGCUGAGUGGCACCGGGAGUUCCGGGGCGACGGUGCGCCUCUACAUCGACAGCUAUGAGAAGGAAGAUUCCAAGAUCUACCAGGACCCGCAGGUGAUGCUGGCCCCCCUCAUUUCCAUCGCCCUGAAGCUUUCCCAGCUCCACGAAAGAACAGGCCGUUCCGGCCCGACGGUCAUCACGUAGAAGGAGCGCCACAGCCACGUCCGCGGACACGGUCCAGCCUGCUCUCCCUGCAACCUUCCCCCGCGCUCUACCUCGGCCUUCUGACCGACGGCUGGGCCCCUUUGGGAAAGGCCCUCGCCAGCUCCGCGAAGGUCCCGAGAGCCACGCUUCUGGAGACGGCUCCGCUCCUCCGUUCGCCCCAACCCCCUUCCUUCCCGCAAGCAUUACAGGAUAUUAAAGAGAACUGGGUUAGCGUG